GCGUGAGAGAGAGAGAGAGAGAGAGAGAGAGAGGAUUGGAGCAGCACUACAGAGCCUCAUUUCUCUCAGUCUCUCUUCAGUGUGUGACUGAGCAGCAUCCUCUCGCUCUUUCUCCAGCAUUAACGCUCUCUCGCAAUUUCUGAGAAUCUCAAAACCACCAGAACCCUGCACUCGAUUCCUAUCUGAAGCUGGCAGGGGCUCAGAGCCUCUCGCACAUCUGUUCAGGACGAUGCUGCCCUGGAAGAGGAGCAAGUUCGUUCUGGCAGAAGACGAGUCCAAAAGCAAGACCAAAAGCCUGAACGCCGGACUCGCCUACCAGUCUCUGCUUUCCUCCCUCCUGCGCUCCUGCCCCGACCUCGUACCCGACUGCCCCUUCCAGUGGCUGGCUGGCGUUUUCCAGAGCAAGCGGCAGAAGGUGGAGUUGAACAGGGAGGAGCCCACCUACAGCGUACACUACCUGGGCAGCGCAGUGACCGCCGUCGCCAAAGGAGAAGGAUGUACCCAGGACGCCGUGGCACGGAUCUGGGUGUCUAGUGACUACGGGGAGCGAAGCGCCAAGAUGAAGCUGAGCGUGGGGGCGUACGGAAUCCGUCUGGGAGCGGAUAAGGGAGGCCGCGGGAAGCCCUCGCACCUCUACUCGCUCAACCGCAUCACCUACUGCACAUCCGACCCCUGCCGCCCCAAGAUCUUCGCCUGGAUCUACCGGCACCAGGUCAAACACAAAGCCGUGGUGCUGCGGUGCCACGCCGUGCUGCUGGCCAAAGCCGAGAAGGCCCGGACCCUCGCCCUUAGCCUCUACCAGAACUCCACCUCAGCUUUUAGCGAGUUCAAGAGGCUCAAAAGGCAGAGCGACUUCCGGCACUGCCAGCAGCAGCUUCUGGGGGACGAUAUGGUUCCUCUCAUGCCCCUCAGGAGGCUCUUAAACGGGCAGUGCCACUAUCGGCCGCCUGUAGAGAAGCCGGGAAACGCCACUCGACUGUCAUCCAUCACCGAGGAGGAGGAAGAGGAGGAAGAAGAGGAGGAAGAAGAAAAUGAAGAAGAGGAGAAAAAAGAAGGAGAAGAGCUGGAGUUACUAGAGGAGAAAUCCAAAAACGAGAACCGAAGUCUGAAGCAGAGUCUCGACCCCGAGCAACCUCCCGAGAGAGAGCUGGGGUUCAUCGUUCACGGACUGGACGUGUUCUCCAUCACCAUCAGAGACGAGGUGCACAUGACCAUCAGCACCCUGGUCUGACCUCUCAUGGAUGAAGAUGAUGAUGGACAGUUUCUAUUUUCCUCUCCUCUCUCUCUUUCUGUUCUCUCUCUCUGCCUCAUCUUCUCACCCCUCUCCCCAUCCCCCAGUUGUUGGCUUUAGGAGUAGAAUCCUCUCGACUCCAGUCAGCAGCUUUUAAUGCUGCGCGCUGAGAAACUGCCAACUCGUCCUGCAAUCGCUUUCCGGCGGGUCUCCAAUAAACAGAGACUUUCACUGAGAGAACCAACACAAAAGCACAAUGUCUGAGGAGACUGAGAAUAAGAUGAUCUGUCAGAAGAGAGAGGAACAAACACAGAGGAAGUGUAUAUUUGUUCCUAUUGAACAAGAUUUAGUGCGCACACCAAAAAGAUAAAGAAGAAGAAGAAAUGAAGACAGAAAAGGAAGAAGUAGAGACUUUUUUGUACCUUUUAUCUCCUUUUCUAAUGAAACACGUGUGAAAAUGUGGGAUUUUUUUAGGAUCUUCUCAGACUGAACAUUCAUUUUGAAGAAUAAAUAAUCAGAUUGUUUGUAUAAAAUGUAAAUUUUUCUACUUCCUGUCCCUCUUCCUCCUCCUCCUCCUCACCUCGACCCUUCCCUCACCUCCUGGCAGUAACCUGCGUGACUCUACAGGGAGACGAGGGCGGGGGCUCGGCCUGCUGAGCUGUAAUGAAUGAACCCGUGAUUUAGGAUUUCAGCCAUGGAGUUGACGGGUUUACAGCCGGCGUCGGUCACAGUCCUGCUCGACACUUUCCCACACGAACAGCUGAACCUCGCCUGCAGCUUUACAGCAGGGCUUUUUAAAACAUGAUUUCUACAGACUCUGAUUUGCACUGUGAACGACUGGGACCAACACGAGGACUAAACAAGCGUAGACUGAAUUCAUAAACUAUAGAUUUAUAGAAAAGUCUGGGCUCGAUCUGUGAUAAAGGUAAAUAAGCUUUACUGCUUUAAGAGGUAAUGCAUCCCACCUUCUCCAUUCAUUCAGGCUUAUGCCAGGUUACAGAACAGUGGUGUCAUCUCAUAAUCUCAUAAUCUCAUGUGUUUUGGGCAUUGUGUGUGUGUGUGUGUGUGUGUGUGUGUGUGUGUUUGUGUUUUAACUCUGUUUAAAACGUUGCUUUGUGGUAAUGUUCUAUAUAUUUGCAGAUAUUUGCAGUUUUAAGUAGCUCUGUCAUCUUUAACAUGACAACUGCACUAAUAUUAACAUUAUUAUACAGAUUAAUAACAGGAAAUGUUGCACUUUUCUCAAUGAAAUAAAGUCUUUUUGUAGACGAGGCUGUCAGUACAGU